CCUUGCGAUACAACAACGAGAUAUACUAGUUCAGUCCACUCAACAAGACGCGCGAUUUCAGGAUCUGAUACUGCGAUUGUUUCAGCGGCUUAAACUGACCGCCCAGUAGCGAUGGAUAUCUUUGAGCAGGCGGAUGUGUUCACGCCCAGCCGGGCGGUUUUGCAAGAGGAGGAAGAGGCAGCAGCCCCGUCUGCGUCGGGGAAUUUGCGACCGGCUGUCUGCGUGUGGAACAAGUCCCGUGUGCGGGAGCUGUUCCCGGAGGGCCUUGCAUGUGACGUGCUGGUCAUUGCCACCUGCCCAACCUCGUGUGCACUGGUCCACGGGAUACCCGGCAAGCAGCUCAUUGGCUCGGUGCUUGCCCCCGGCGUGAGCCUGGCUGGUAUCUCCCUGGGGGCGGAGCCGCUGCCCUCCGACCGCGUGUGCGCCAUCUACGCACUCGGCAGCAGCAGCGGCAGCAGCAGGGUGCUGCUGGUGGCGUGUCAGUACGAGGUGGCGCGGGAGCGGGCGGUGGCGUGGUCGCGGGCGCUGCUGGGGCAGGUGGCGGCGGCGCACGUGCUGGUGCUUGGCGCCAUACCGGCAGAGCAGUUUCGGGGGCAAGGUGACGCCAGCCAGGAGGAGCUGCUGUUCCUGUUGCGCACACGAGCGGCAGCAGCAGCAGCAGCAGCAGUUGGGCGGCCAGCGGCGCCGCUGCUGCCCACCGGCACGGUGGUGGGCGGGCUGCCGGCGGCGCUGCUGUCGCACUGCCAGGUCCGGGACCAGUCGGCGGAGCUGCUGGUGGCUGUGGAGAUGGUGCUGGAGGGACGGGCGGCGCUGGUGGAGGCAAUGGCGGCGGCGCUGGCGGCGGUGCUGAGGGCGCGGGCCGUGGGCCACGCGGCGGAGGCGCUGGCAGGCGGCAGUGCCGUGGUGGCGGCGAGGGCCACGCUGGGGUUGGGGCCGGGGCCGUGCGACGUAUACGUUUAAGGGACAGCGGCAGGGUGGUUGUGGCAUUGCGUGUAGGGGCCUUUAGGCGUGGGUGGAGGAGCCUUGGAGCUUGAGACUGGCCGGCGGAGGGCUGCAGCAGGAGCGUCAUCCCGGUGGACUUGGUCCCUGACAGGACUGGGAUGCCGAGUGCAGGUCGUUCGGCAUCCUCAUCUGAGCCAGGUGUGCAAAGAUUGGCGUCCACGGCAUGUAUCGGUGCUGUAAAAUGCAGUUGGC